CAUGCUUCAAGAUUGACAGAUCGGCCGCCUACCACAACAAAACGAUCAAAACACGUAAACAGUGAAUUUUGCUGGGAGGCAAAAGCUUUUUUAAGAUAAAACUUAUCCAAAUAGCUGAUAAGCAUUGGCUUUCGGGUUCAAGCACUGAAUCCUGUCGCGUGAUUACGCUUUAACAAUUUUGUUUAGCAUCGUGUGAAAGGGACUAGGUUUGUUUACAUCGUUCGAAAGCCCGUGUAGAAUUCUGAAUCAUCCGUGCUAGGGGCAAAACACCCAUCGAUUGUCACAACAGACACAGCAGGAUGGUUAAAAGCCCGGUCGUUACGGGCAUUUCUCCCAAGGAAGGUCCACCCGGUACGCGCGUAACGAUACGUGGCGAAUUUCUUGGCAACAAGACAACGGAUCUGAUCGGUUUAACUAUCUGCGGAUGUGAUUGUCUACUGUCGGCGGAAUGGAAAUCGGACAAGAAGAUAAUAGCGCGCACUGGGGCGGCCAAAGGCAAGGGCGACAUUAUUGUGACAACGCGUGGCGGCGGAACGGGCAGCUGUACGGUGCAGUUCCGUGCGUACUACGAAACGAUUGGCCCGAUGAAGGAGUCCGCCGUAUGGAUCGAGGAGUCACCGAUGCAAUCGUUGGCCUGGGGACGUCGGUCGUUAGCCCCGACCGGCUACACGCAGGAGGAUCCGCUCGGCCUGUCAAACGAGGGGAAUGAGAAAAAGUUUCCCGAAGAUUUGCGUGAUCUGUUCCCGGACGGGUCGGGUGAUUUGUCGCAGGAAAAUUUCACCCCCGGCUGGUUUCUGCUCGAGAACCAUCAUGCGACUUCGUUCGAGGAUCUGAAGGCCGGUCUGUCUUACCUGCGGCGGCGUGUCGAGAGCCAGAAGGAAGGGCAGCUGUCGUUUUUGAAAUCGAACGCCGGUUCGGUGAUCGAUCAGCUCGACACGCUGAUGACGUUGCGCGAUCGCAUAACGCAGGACAAUAAGGUGCAUGGGAAGGAACCGGUGCGCCAGCUGGAUGCGACGAUACGCGGUUCGAUCGAUGCUUCGCACGAACUUUUCAAGGACGUGUUGGUGCGGAAGGAGAAAGCGGAUGCGACGCGGGCCGCACUGUCGGCCAUGUCGCGGCACAAGUUUCUGUUCUGCUUGCCGAACGCGGUGGAAAAGGCGGCACUGAAAAAUGAGUUCGAUAUCGUCGUGAACGACUAUGCGCGGGUGAAGAAUCUGUUCGGAAAAACUGAAGUUCCGAUCUUUCGGAAGGUGUUGGAAGAGGUGGACAUAAAGAUACUGGCCAUACGGCAGCAGCUGCAUGGCAAAGUGCGAGAAAUGCCUCAAGGUGUUGAGCAGCAGAAAAAAAUGAUAAAGGCAUUGAUAAGCCUGGAAGCUCAGCAAGCCGGCACAACCGUAGCAGGGAAGCUGAAGAUCGAAGAUCCGGCAUGGGACGCGAUCGAGGCACGGGCCAAGCAUCUGGAGGAAACCUUCCUGAAGGCGUACGAACAGUACGCCGGCAAGGAGUCGCACGGAAGCGAGUCGAAGUCUCGCGCCGACCCGGCACUAACACCGGUACGGGUGCAGUUCUGCGAGGAAAUGACCGAAAUCGCUGCCAGUCAGUUUCCCGACCUGUGGCGGCUGGGACAGGCCCACUUUAACGGGGAGCUGCGUGGAGCUGCUGCACCGAAGCCGGGCAACUUUAAGCGCAUCAUUCUGACCGCUAUCGAGCAGUUUUGUUCCUAUCUGCGUUCGGCGCUGCUGGCCACAUCUAGCGCCCAUCGAUCGCUGGUGGCAGCGGUGAGCGCCGUAAAGGGUAUGCCCGCUUGGCCAUCGGCAAGUCCUUCGCUAAACUUUCUCAUCACCUGGUUGCCGCAUUGUUUGCGGUACGUUCGCGUUUCCUACGCCACCCUGAUUCGGCUCGAUCUUCCGAACGAAGCGCUCGAUAUUGUGCUGAAGUUUAUCGACGAGCUGCGGCUGUACUGCAUGUCGACGAUCCUGAAGAAAGCGAACGAACGCGUGAAGAAACUGCACGAGAAGGAACAGUGGGAGCUGUCGGUGACGGAGUUUGCCGGCGCGACCAGUUUGCCGGCCAAGCUGGAGGAAAUUUUAGUCGAAGCGAUCGACGAUGCCCAGGUCGCCUGUCUAACGCCGGAAGUGCGUGAAGGAACCCUGCUCGAACCACAGUCCGAUGGUCAGCGAGAGCUGUCGAAACGAUUCCAGGAGAUACUGACGUCCUUCUGCACGGUCAUUGAAACGCUUGCCCUCCAACGGUCGGACGAGGAUCCGCAGCAGGCGCCAAUGCUUUCACAGCUGAUCGGUUUCCCGGCCGCCCUACUGCAGCAACAGAUGAGCACCGGCGAUAAGCGCGAGUGGGUCAACCCGGCCAUCACCUGGGAACAGCGCCUGCUCUGCUGUCUCUCCAACUGUAUCUACUGCAAUCGAAUCUUUUUCCCCAAGCUGGGCAACCUUUUCACGCGCCACAGCUUCCCCGUACCGACGCUGGCGAUUGAAAAUUCGCGCUCCACGAUCAAUGGGAUUUUUGCCAGUUUGCUGGAAAUGUACGUAGAGCACAAGAGUGAUCCGCUGGUGGGCACGAUCGAACCCUCGAUGUAUCUGGGCAGCUUCCAAUGGGAUCAGGUCGGUCCAUCCGAGAAGCUCAGUCCGUACGCACACGAGUGUCUCGAUAAUCUGGUAUCGGUAUACUCGGAGAUCUUUGCCAUCUCGCCAUCACUGCUGCGGCCAAUAUUGGAACCGAUCGUACAGACGGUGGCAGAAGAGUUGGCCCGACUGAUGACCUGUGUGCAGAAGUUCAACGUAAACGGCGCGCUGCAAGCGACGGUAGACAUCAACGUAAUUCGCGACGCUGUACGUGUUUACAGCAACGAAACAGCAAAAAGUUUCUUUGUCGAGGCAUUGGACGCUAUUCCAUCGGUUCCGGAAAGUGAGCAAAGAACCUUUGACACGGUUAAGACGAUCAAGAACAACAUCCGUUUGCAAAUCAUGUGCUUGCAGGUGGUGGAUCCUUGAUUGGAUGCGUUCAUAUGGAUAUCUUGUCGCACGAAAAAGAAAUCCAUAUCGGAUGGCUCCGGGAAGUGAACGUACGGCUCUUCGGGAGCUGGACACGGCGAAAUGCAGCAACAAAGAAUCAAAUGUCGUUACUAGAGACUUAGAGCCUAAAGUGUUAAUAUUAUGCAAAUGUAUUAUGCUAAAUCUGAUAUUUAACCCUACCUACCUGAUAUACGUUAUUUAAUAAACACUAACUAACGAUCUGCGCCUGCAUUCCGGAAUUCGCGCAAAAAAU